AUGGCAAACUUGCAAAUAACGUGCCAUUGCGGCGCUCUAUCCCAAACCCUGACCAAUGUACAGAAGACCGAGUCGGAAAUACCACUGUGUCACUGUUAUGGUUGUCGCCAUACCACCGGUCAACUAUUCGCCUCAUAUAUCAAGUUGCCACUUACAUCCCUCGAGUCUGUCGCUGGUGCCAAUGAGCUCACCGAGUAUACGGCUGUUGCUGGGGGUGCUACGCGGCCGACCGUCAAGUUAUACUUUUGCUCAACCUGCGGGUGCCAUAUUUUUCGUUCCAUCACGUCUAAAUCACAGAAUACAAUCGAGUUGGCAUCUGGGACGCUGGUAGAUAGCGAUGGGUCGAGGCUCGAUGAUUCAUUCACCCGAUUCGGUCCGCAUGUCAACGUCGCCGAAACUGGUGACGGUGGCCUCGCAAAAUGGAUGACCAACAUUCCAACACAGUCCCGGGAAACCACACCACAUUAUUCACAAUCUGAUAUCGUCACGUCGUCAGCUUCUGGACAUGAUGCCGACAUUCAUAUGGCGUCCUGUCUCUGCAAACGAGUGACAUUUCAAGUCCACGCCCCAACGGAAGCCUCGCUUUCUCCACACUCUCACUUUGCAGAUCUCAUCAUUCCGUUCCACACGCAAGAUCCGGACAUCAAAAACCCCAGCAAUGUCAAGUGGUGGAUGAGGAAGAACAAUACCCGUUUCAUGGCGGGCACGUGUGCGUGCAAGUCGUGCCGACUGGUGUCUGGUUUCGAGAUACAAUCGUGGGCAUUCGUUCCAAGGGUAAAUAUCAUGUUUGCGACGCGUGAUUCUAAUAGCGAUGAUGAUGGUAAAAAUAGCAAUACGACGUGGGAAAUACUUAAUUUCGACAAACUUCACAGGAAUGGAACGCUGAUUGGGUAUGAGUCCUCGCCAGGCGUGCUCAGAGAGUUUUGUCCAAGUUGUGGAGCGACUGUCUUUUGGCAUGAUACGUCCCGCCCGGAGCUCAUCGAUGUCAGUGCCGGUUUGCUGGUGCCAAUUGCUAGUUCUGGUGACAGUGGUGAGGGAGUGAGGGUUGAGUCGUUGCUGGAGUGGUGGGCUGAGAGGGUGAGUUUUGCUGAGGAUGCCGUGUUGGGGAGGAAAGGGGAUGCGGAAAGGCGGGCGAGGUGGUUGGUUGAGUCUUUGCAGAGUAACAUGCGUUCAAAGUAG